AAAUAAAAAAAUUAGAUCGAUAGAGGAAAGAGUUUCUUCAAUUUUUUUUCAUCAACGAGGUGUGGGUUUCUGCAGCCGGAGUUUCUCAGCUAUUUUACGAGAAAGAAAAUCCGAGAAAAUUCUUUAAAAGAAAAAAAAAAAAAAGCAGCGACUGUGAGAGAGAGAGAGAGAGAGAGAGAGAUAGAGAGGGGUAACAAUGAAGACGACCAAAGGAGGGAAGGUGAUGAAUCCUACGGAUGCCUAUCGAAAGGAGCUCAGAAAGAAAGAAUUGAAGAGGAAUAAGAAAGAAAGGAAAAAGGUGAGGGAGGUGGGGAUCUUGAAGAAGGAUCCUGAGACGCUGAGAGAGCAGAUUGAUAAGUUGAAUAUGAUGAAGGCUGAUGGUGCUCUAGAUAAAGCAAGAAAACACAAGAAGAGACAGCUGGAGGACACACUUAACCUUGUAUUAAAGAAGAGGAAGGAAUAUGAAGAGAAAAUGCGGGAGAAGGGUGAGGCCCCUGUUAUGUUCAGCCAUUUGGGACCACCUCGAAGACGAACAUCUGCAGAAGAAGAAGAAAGAGUUAAACACCCAAAGCCUGAAGACUCUGUAUACUUUCACCCAACCCUAAAUCCUACUGGGGCUCCGCCACCUGGAAAACCUCCAAUGUUUAAAUCAUCAAUAGGGCCUAGAAUUCCUUUGUCAGCUGCUUCAUCAAGCAGUGCUGCAUCAUCCUCAAUAACAGAGAUGGAUGAUGUUGCUUUGGCUAUACCUCCACCCCCACCUCCUCCUCCUCUGCCAGAUGCUGGUUUUGAUGGCUCUAGUGACGGCUCAAUUAUACCUGCAUCUUUGCCUUUACCUCCUCCACCUCCAUUGCCACCUAAUGCUGCAGCAACAAACUCCAUGAUAUCAUUGCCUCCGCCACCUUUGCCACCUCCACCUCCACCUCCUGGACCCCCACCUAAAGACCAGGCUGCAAGUCACCCUCCGCUUCCCCCUCCUCCACCUCUUCAACAGUCAAUGCAGCCACCUCCACCUGGUACUGGUGGUAUUGAGAGGGACAGAAAUCAAACUUCAUUGUCUGAGGAACCUACAUCUGAGGAGCCUACUCAGGCGCCUGUGGUACUGCCCCCACCUCCUCCCCCACCUGGGAUGCCUCCCAAAUCAGUAAGUAACCAGUCUGAAGGUGCAGCAUCUGAUGCUGAAAGCAAUAAUACUUCAAUAACCAAGGAUUUUCCUAAAAUUCCACCACCACCUCCGCCUAGGCAACAGCUUUCAGUGCCUGGACCCUCUCCAAUCCCUACCUUACAGCCUGAUGUGUUACCCCCUGGAAUAUCACGUUUUCCUCCACCCCCUCCCCCACCAGAUAUGAGGCCACCAUUGUCAACUCCUGGACUUCCAACCCGACCAAAUCCCCCUGGAAUGAUGGUUCCUCUAAUGCCUAGGCCGCCAUAUGGUCCCCCUCCUGGACCUCCACCAAUGAUGAGACCACCUCUUCCACCUGGUCCUCCUCCUUCCUUUCAGGAUGAAGAUCUUGCUGCAAACAGGCCUUCUGCCCCUCAGAAGCCAUCAUAUAUUAAAUCUGCAGCAUCUACCGUUGUUAAGAGACCACUAGCUCAGCACACUCCAGAACUUACGGCCAUGGUUCCUGCAUCUGUUCGUGUAAGACGAGAGAUGGCUGCGCCGAAAGCGAAGCCUAAACCAUCAACCCCAACCACAGUGAUAGCCUCCAAGCCAGCACCUCCUAUUGCAAACCCAGAACCAGUUUACUCAUCAUCAGCACCAAAGGGACAAAGCAUUGAUGACUCAUACAUGGCAUUCCUGGAGGACAUGAAAGCCCUUGGUGCACUUGGUGGUGAGAAUUAGUUGCUGGUGGGGGAGACAACAACAAGGUAAAAGGAUGGUCUGCAUUUUGAAGGGAACAAAAAUGUUCAUUCUUGAAGUGGAACAGGCAUUAAACAGAGAUACUUAUUGUUGUCAAUGCCUUAGGUUUCUUCUGGCUAUAUCGUUGGGAAACAUCUCCCAUAUGGAUGGUGCUUCAGUUGAUAUAGCCAAAAAUUUUAAACUAUCUCAAAAAAUCUCAAUUUAUUGAGAUAAGGUGUACUUUGGGCUAUUGCUCUUGAGAUACGUUUAACAUAUUGAAAGUGUACCAUAUUUAAAGAGACUUUCCUUAUUUUACUCGUUCUUUAUGUCUCAAAGAACUUUUGAAGCAUCAUGUUUGAUUAUUUCUUCAGAAAUAUUGGUUAGUCAGCCGUUUCCUUUA